GUCUUUUAUGCCCACCGGUACAACAACCAGGAGAUGAUGAGCUGUUAAUGCAGAAUAAGAUCUGGUUCUAAAGAAACAGGCUCACUGGCCCAUUCACCAAACUUCAGAGAUGUUGAGAAUUCAACAUCUGCAGGGAACAGGAGCUGGUCGAAGAAGAAUGCGGCCAUCAAACACACUUUGAGAAACUCUGCUGCAGCCCAUCUAGCUGUGGUGUAUUGUAUUAAACUCAGGUCCUCUAUGGAUCCAAACCUCAGUUCAUCCAUGAGUGCGGAUUUCCCACAUUACAACUUCAGGAUGCCUAACAUCGGAUUCCAGAAUCUGCCUCUCAACAUAUAUAUUGUGGUUUUUGGCACUGCUAUAUUUGUCUUCAUCCUUAGUUUACUCUUCUGUUGCUACUUGAUUAGGCUCAGACAUCAAGCACACAAAGAAUUUUAUGCAUACAAACAGGUUAUAUUAAAGGAAAAAGUAAAAGAAUUGAAUUUACAUGAGCUCUGUGCAGUGUGUCUAGAAGACUUCAAGCCUCGAGAUGAGUUGGGGAUUUGUCCAUGUAAGCACGCCUUCCACAGAAAGUGCCUUAUUAAGUGGCUGGAGGUUCGGAAAGUGUGUCCACUGUGCAACAUGCCAGUUCUGCAGCUGGCCCAGCUGCACAGUAAGCAGGACCGUGGACCCCCACAGGGGCCCCUCCCCGGGGCAGAGAAUAUUAUAUAAGAUCCCCAGACUGUUGCUGGAUACAAUGUCCACGUGGAGCCUGGAAGAACCAAGGAGUCUCUGGGUUGGCUGCUUUCUACCUGGGGCAUCAGUUGCCACUUCCUUUGCCUCAUGAAGAACUCGUGGGCUAGCUAAGCUGGGAGCCCAGACAUUGGUUUUUGUGACAACCAAAGCACUCUGACAUUACCCUGUGCUCAGAGAAGACGAGUGGAUGAGCUUGUGGGAUUGGUUCAAGAAACUUCAUGAGAGUCUUUUGCUACCUUCACUACGCUGUCUCCUAGACUCUCCAUGUCAAGGUGAAUCUUUAUCAAACACAAGGGAAGAUAAACACAAGUGUUAGAGAAGGGAACUGAGGGCAGGCCUUCAAAGCCCCACACCCCCACCCUGUGAACAGAUGAGCUUCUGUGCAGACCGUGCAUGCCUUUGCAGCAGCAACCCCACCCCACUCCUGCCUGGGCAGUCCCCAAGCCAAGUAAAACAAGGGGUUACCUCAGUCAAAGCAUGACCAGUUGCCAGUGGUUGGUGAGGCUGUACCAACGCAAGGCUUUUCACAUUAGGUCCCUUUAAUGUGGCCAAGGGCUUUAGUUACUCUUGUAACCAGCCCCUUCUCCCUCAAUUUCACAGCACCUUCUAUCAAAUCAUCUAAGCUAAAAGCAUUAGAUGCGCUUGGAAAGGCUUGGUCAGAAGCCAUUUACUCCUACCAUUUCCCCUUCCUACUCACCAGUGAGGCAUGGCCAGACUGCCCAGUCAGGAGCCCCAGCAGCGGGCGGUGGGGUGAGGGGCUGAGCUCACCCUGUCCCUGUGCCCACUGCCUCCCUAGGGAGACACCACAAGCCCCCCAGCGCACUGAGGAGUGUCUUCUGAACAUGGCCAAUCCCUCUGGCCGGUUGCAAUGAGAGUAAGGUGCCAACCCCCUGGCCUCUCAAUGUUUCCUGCCCUCUUUCUCCCCUGAGGCUUGGGCUCUGCCUUCUUCCUUCCCUCUCUUGCGCUCUGUUUCUACUUAAAGAUAAAUGCCUGUCACUGACUUUUUAACAAUGUAAAGAAUCCCAAAUAGGAUCCCUACAUAAUUCUGAAGCCAGUGAUCCACUUGAAAUUGUAAAUAGUUUCAGGAAGUUCCUGCAGGGCCGUUCGCCCUUUUGGUGGUGUGCCUCCUCAGUAUUUGAACGUUUGGUAACUAAUUGAAAGUGUCUUUCCAGGAAAAGUGCAUGGUGUUCUUAGAAUCUUUCUGUCCAACUUUUCUAGAAAUGAUUCAAUAUCCUGAAUAUUGUAGAAAUUAGCUGUGUAAAGGCGGUAGUGGGUCUGAUAAGAAAGUUCUUUUCCACAGGCCCACCCCCCACUUCCUUCCACAAGAGGACAGCUUUGCUUCACUCUAGCCAAGGGGGGGGGGUAGGGAAGGUAGUUUUCACUUGGAAAUGCAGUCUGUGUAAUAUGGAGAAGAUGGAGGGAGCUUUGUGACUCUGCUCAUAGCAUGUCUCCAGGAAUUUUUUCUAGAAUCCAACCUCUACCAACUUAGAAUGGGAAAGGGAACCUGUCCUUGGGUCACAUGGCUGGGGUCAGAUGAGGAGGAAAAUUCCCAUUAGCCUAGAAAAGCACUGGGCAGAAUCCAUUUUGGAAAAUUACAAUUCCAGUUGGUCAGAAUCAGCAGUUUCCCAUGGGUGACCUAUUUGUGGUGUGCUAACAAUGACUGCUUGCUAAGGGGGCCAGGAAGUGUGGAGUAUUGCAUAUGAAAGCCCUAGCCUGUGGGGCAUCCAGGAAGAGAACUCCUUGUUCACACCUACUCUCAUUCCUUGUCCUCUACUUGUAGGACAAUAGAGUUUGAAUGCUGGGAAACUCAGUUUACAGUGAAAUGUUUUCAGUGAUCAAUGUCAAAAGUAGGCUUGCUUUUGCACUAGGCUCAUUAUUGGCCAACAACCUUCAUUUUCCAUGGAAUGGCCUUGGGACAAAUCUUGUCUCCCUUGUAAGGCUUCAAUAAGAAAGGAUUUUUGCCCUUAAAGGAGGAAUUCUUUAUGCUCUAUACUGCAAGUUAUUUCAGCUCACAGCUUUUGUAGGAUUGUAGCCAUUCAGUUGCAGCUGUUCUCUCUGCACCUCAGUACUAGAUAGACCAUCUCACUAAGCCCCUGUAUUUGUAGGGGGGCAAAUUCAUCUGACUGGGUCUAAGAGCUAAAGGAAGGCUCAGGUGGUUGAUGCCUAACACUGGACCAGAGGAGCAAUGGCAGAAUGACAGCUGUCCGAGAAAAGCUCAAAAAUGUGCUGCCUCCCUACUGGGCACCAGCUUAGAUCUGCUUCACCCCGAGGCGCCACUAUGACCUCAAUGCUGGUGAAUGUAGAGUCCUUUUUAAAAGUGCAUUCCUGCUGCUAGAAUUAGGCUGGAGGCUGGAGUUGUAAAAGUGCUCAUUCUGCUAUUAAUCCUCUCCCUUUCCUGGCCUGACAUCCUUCGAUUGCAGGAUGUCCAAUAUCACUCUCACUAGUUCCUGAGACUCUUAGCAGCACCUGGAUCCUCCACCAAGACUUUCCUGGACCUCUGCAUCGACAUGCAUUUGAAGGGCAGGGUGAUCCUGACUAAAAUCACCGAGUUUUGUAUGUGAAGGACGAGGUUAAAUCUCUUAUCAAAAUGUUUUUAAGGAAUGGGUUUAGGACCCCUUCAUGCUUGUGGCUCAGGUUCAAACCCCAAAGUAAAACUAAUGUGGCUGCCCCUUUCCACAUUAUCUCAGUGAGCUGCUGGUGUCCUUUUGUUAAUGUGUAAAAUAACUGGGGACUCUUGUAUGCUUUCGGGCCACUGGCUGGUGACAUGGUGAUUUUUUUUGCACUUUCUCUUAAUGAGAUUUAAGCAGCUUCAAGAUUGGCUGUUACUUAUGCACUGUGGGCUAGUGAAGCAUAACUCAGCCCCAGCUGGAUGCUACGGGUGACUAAGGAAAUGACUGCAUUCACCUUGCUUUAGGAACAGGUAACAAAACCAGCCUGAUUUGUUCCUGGUUGGGUAGGCAGAAGACAUCAGGAGUUGUCAUCCAUCACUUUUCUUUUGCCAUAAUUUGAUUUAGAUGGCCUGUCCCUGGCAGAUAAAAGUCCUUGUAGACUGUUAUUGCCUAACCAGAGAUUAGGACAAGACAGAUAUGGCCAGAUGAGGAUGGAUGUCCCAAGGGGAAGGUCUCAGUUGAGGGAUACAGGAGAUCUCCCACCAUUUUCCAAGAUUACUUGACAGGUCUUGACCAAUCAAGAUCAUUUCCACAACGCCACACCCCUCAGAUCCAUCAGAGAAAUGGCCUGAGGCCUUGUCCCUUUCUACAGCCCCACUCCAAAAGCAUGUGGGUGGACUCCAUGACUCCACCCUGACCUUGCCCUCCUAUGCCACUCUGAACAACUGUAGUAGUUCCUUUCUGGAGAGGGUCUCUUGAGCACUGCUUUUCUGAAAUGCAUACAGGGAGGCCUCUCCAGAGCUCUGAGCAGAAAAGGUGCCAAAUGGUUUGUUAAUGUGAUAUAUUACGUUAAUUGAUUUUCUUGUGUUGAACCACCCUUACACACCUGGAAUAAAACCCACCCCCUCAUGCUGUUUAAUUCUUACUGGCAGAACUCCCCUGUGACACUAUCUGGUCCUGGACUUUUCUUUAUUGGGAGGUUUUUGGUGACUGAUUCAAUGUCUUUACUUGUGACUGGCUUGUUGAGGUCUUCUAUUUUUUUUUCUCGAGUCAGUGUAAGUUGGUUUCUAGGAAGUUGUCCAUUUCCUCUAAGUUGUCUAAUUUAUUGGCAUAGUUCAUAGUAUCUUCGUAUGAUCUUUUAUUGUUUGCAUCUUCUCUCUUUUUGUCUUUGUCUAGCUUGUUAACUUUGUUCUUCUCCAAGAACCAACUUUUGGUUUUGUUGAUCCUAUUUGUUGUUGUUGUUCUUGAUUUCACUUAUUUC